AAGAAGGUUCAGGGACUCAGGCAUCGCCACUUGACCAGUCUCUCAAGUUCCAGGAAGCCUCUGCCCUGAUGGAAUUUGCAGGUGUGGAGAUGACCAUGGGAUGCCAGGGCCGUGGGGGACUGUUUAUUUUCUAGGUUUGCAGUUUCUUGUUUUCCCAGUGGAAUUUGGAAGGGGUCAUGAAUCAAACUGAUGCUUCUCGACCCCUAAACUGGACCAUCCGGAAGCUGUGCCACGCAGCCUUUCUCCCAUCAGUCAGACUUCUUAAGGCUCAGAAAUCUUGGAUAGAAAGAGCAUUUUAUAAAAGAGAAUGUGUUCACAUCAUACCCAGCACCAAAGACCCCCAUAGGUGUUGCUGUGGUCGUCUAAUAGGCCAGCAUGUUGGACUCACUCCCAGUAUCUCUGUGCUUCAGAAUGAGAAAAAUGAAAGUCGCCUCUCCCGAAAUGACAUCCAGUCUGAGAAGUGGUCCAUCAGCAAACAUACUCAGCUCAGCCCAACGGAUGCUUUUGGGACCAUUGAGUUCCAAGGAGGUGGCCAUUCCAACAAAGCCAUGUAUGUGCGCGUAUCUUUUGAUACAAAACCUGAUCUCCUCCUGCACCUCAUGACCAAGGAAUGGCAAUUGGAGCUUCCCAAGCUUCUCAUCUCUGUCCACGGGGGCCUGCAGAACUUUGAACUCCAGCCCAAACUCAAGCAAGUCUUCGGGAAAGGGCUCAUCAAAGCUGCCAUGACAACUGGAGCAUGGAUAUUCACUGGAGGGGUUAACACAGGUGUUAUUCGUCAUGUUGGAGAUGCCUUGAAGGAUCAUGCAUCUAAAUCUCGAGGGAAGAUAUGCACCAUAGGUAUUGCCCCCUGGGGAAUUGUGGAAAACCAGGAGGACCUGAUUGGAAGAGAUGUGGUCCGGCCAUACCAGACCAUGUCUAACCCCAUGAGCAAGCUCACUGUUCUCAACAGCAUGCAUUCUCAUUUCAUCCUGGCUGACAAUGGGACCACGGGAAAAUACGGAGCAGAAGUGAAACUUCGGAGACAACUGGAAAAGCAUAUUUCACUCCAGAAGAUAAACACAAGAAUCGGUCAAGGUGUUCCAGUGGUGGCCCUCAUUGUGGAAGGAGGACCCAAUGUGAUCUCGAUCGUUUUGGAGUACCUUCGAGACACCCCUCCUGUGCCGGUCGUUGUCUGUGAUGGCAGUGGACGGGCAUCCGACAUCCUGGCAUUUGGGCAUAAAUAUUCAGAAGAAGGCGGACUUAUCAAUGAGUCUUUGAGGGACCAGCUAUUGGUGACUAUACAGAAGACCUUCACAUACACCCGAACCCAAGCUCAGCACCUAUUCAUCAUCCUUAUGGAGUGCAUGAAGAAGAAGGAAUUGAUUACGGUAUUCCGGAUGGGAUCAGAAGGACACCAGGACAUUGAUUUAGCUAUCCUGACAGCUUUACUUAAAGGAGCCAAUGCCUCGGCCCCAGACCAACUGAGCUUAGCGUUAGCCUGGAACAGAGUGGACAUCGCUCGCAGCCAGAUCUUUAUUUAUGGGCAACAGUGGCCGGUGGGGUCCCUGGAGCAAGCCAUGUUGGAUGCCCUAGUUUUGGACAGGGUGGAUUUUGUGAAAUUGCUCAUAGAGAAUGGAGUAAGCAUGCAUCGUUUUCUCACCAUCUCCAGACUAGAGGAAUUGUACAAUACGAGACAUGGGCCCUCAAAUACAUUGUACCACUUGGUCAGGGAUGUCAAAAAGGGGAACCUGCCCCCGGACUACAGAAUCAGCCUCAUUGACAUCGGCCUGGUCAUCGAGUACCUGAUGGGCGGGGCUUACCGCUGCAACUACACUCGCAAGCGUUUCAGGACCCUCUACCACAACCUCUUUGGCCCCAAGAGGCCUAAAGCCUUGAAACUGCUGGGAAUGGAAGAUGAUAUUCCCUUGAGACGAGGAAGAAAGACAACCAAGAAGCGUGAAGAAGAAGUGGACAUCGACUUGGAUGACCCUGAGAUCAACCAUUUCCCUUUCCCUUUCCACGAGCUGAUGGUGUGGGCUGUCCUCAUGAAGAGACAGAAGAUGGCACUGUUCUUCUGGCAGCAUGGCGAGGAGGCCAUGGCCAAGGCCCUGGUGGCCUGUAAGCUCUGCAAAGCCAUGGCUCAUGAGGCCUCUGAGAAUGACAUGGUUGAUGACAUUUCCCAGGAGCUGAACCACAACUCCAGGGACUUUGGCCAGCUGGCUGUGGAGCUCUUGGACCAGUCCUACAAGCAGGAUGAGCAGCUGGCCAUGAAACUGCUGACAUAUGAGUUGAAGAAUUGGAGCAAUGCCACAUGCCUGCAGCUGGCCGUGGCUGCCAAGCACCGGGACUUCAUUGCACACACGUGCAGCCAGAUGUUGCUCACCGACAUGUGGAUGGGUCGUCUUCGAAUGCGCAAGAACUCAGGCCUCAAGGUAAUUCUGGGAAUUCUACUUCCUCCUUCAAUUCUCAGCUUGGAGUUCAAGAACAAAGACGACAUGCCCUAUAUGACUCAGGCCCAAGAAAUCCAUCUCCAAGAGAAGGAGCCAGAAGAACCAGAGAAGCCCACAAAGGAAAAAGAGGAAGAGGACAUGGAACUGACAGCAAUGUUGGGAAGAAACAACGGGGAGUCUUCCAGGAAGAAGGAUGAAGAAGAAGCUCAGAGCAGGCACCGGCUAAUUCCCCUGGGCAGGAAAAUCUAUGAAUUCUACAAUGCACCCAUCGUGAAGUUCUGGUUCUACACUCUGGCGUACAUCGGAUACCUGAUGCUCUUCAACUAUAUCGUGUUAGUGAAGAUGGAGCGCUGGCCUUCCACCCAGGAAUGGAUCGUCAUUUCCUACAUUUUCACCCUGGGAAUAGAAAAGAUGAGAGAGAUUCUGAUGUCAGAGCCAGGCAAGCUGCUGCAGAAAGUGAAAGUGUGGCUGCAGGAGUACUGGAAUGUCACAGACCUCAUAGCUAUCCUUCUGUUCUCCGUUGGAAUGAUCCUUCGUCUUCAAGACCAGCCUUUCAGGAGUGAUGGGAGGGUCAUCUAUUGUGUGAACAUCAUUUAUUGGUAUAUUCGUUUACUAGACAUCUUCGGCGUGAACAAGUAUCUGGGCCCUUAUGUAAUGAUGAUUGGAAAAAUGAUGAUAGAUAUGAUGUACUUUGUCAUCAUUAUGCUGGUGGUGCUGAUGAGCUUCGGGGUCGCCAGGCAAGCUAUCCUCUUUCCCAAUGAGGAACCAUCAUGGAAACUGGCCAAGAACAUAUUCUACAUGCCCUAUUGGAUGAUUUAUGGGGAAGUGUUUGCAGACCAGAUAGACCGUAAGCAAGUUUAUGAUUCUCAUACACCAAAGUCAGCUCCCUGCGGACAGAAUGAGACCCGAGAGGAUGGCAAGGUAAUCCAGCUGCCUCCCUGUAAGACAGGAGCAUGGAUUGUGCCAGCCAUCAUGGCCUGCUACCUCUUAGUGGCAAACAUCCUACUGGUCAACCUCCUCAUCGCUGUCUUUAACAAUACAUUUUUUGAGGUAAAGUCAAUAUCCAACCAAGUGUGGAAGUUUCAGAGGUAUCAACUCAUCAUGACUUUCCAUGAGAGGCCAGUUCUGCCUCCACCUCUGAUCAUUUUCAGCCACAUGACUAUGAUAUUCCAGCACCUGUGCUGCCGAUGGAGGAAACACGAGAGCGAUCCAGAUGAGAGGGACUACGGCCUGAAACUCUUCAUAACAGAUGAUGAGCUCAAAAAAGUGCACGAUUUUGAAGAACAAUGCAUAGAGGAAUAUUUCAGAGAAAAGGACGAUCGGUUCAACUCAUCCAAUGAUGAGAGGAUACGGGUGACGUCAGAAAGGGUGGAGAACAUGUCCAUGAGGCUGGAAGAAGUCAAUGAGAGAGAGCACUCCAUGAAGGCUUCGCUCCAGACCGUGGACAUCCGACUGGCACAGCUUGAGGACCUCAUCGGGCGCAUGGCCGCAGCCCUGGAGCGCCUGACAGGUCUGGAGCGGACUGAAUCCAACAAAAUCCGCUCCAGGACCUCCUCAGACUGCACAGACGCAGCCUACAUUGUCCGCCAAAGCAGCUUCAACAGCCAGGAGGGGAACACUUUCAAGCUCCAAGAGAGUAUAGACCCUGCAGGUGAGGAGACCAUGUCCCCAACUUCUCCAACCUUAAUGCCCCGUAUGCGAAGCCAUUCUUUCUAUUCAGUCAAUAUGAAAGACAAAGGUGGUAUAGACAAGUUGGAAAGUAUUUUUAAAGAAAGGUCCCUGAGUCUGCAUCGGGCUACUAGUUCCCACUCAGUAACAAAAGAAUCCAAAGCUCCCAUAGCACCUACAAACACCUUGGCCAUUGUUCCAGACUCCAGAAGACCGUCGUCGUGCAUCGACAUCUAUGUCUCUGCCAUGGAUGAGCUCCACUGUGACAUAGACCCUCUGGACAAUUCCAUGAACAUCCUGGGGCUGGGUGAGCCAAGCUAUUCAGCUCCAGCACCUUCCACAGCCCCUUCAAGUAGUGCCUAUGCAACCCUUGCACCCACAGACAGACCUCCAAGCCGGAGCAUCGAUUUUGAAGACAUCACCUCCAUGGACACUAGAUCUUUUUCUUCAGACUACACCCACCUCCCAGAAUGCCAAAACCCCUGGGACUCAGACCCUCCAAUGUACCACACCAUUGAGCGUUCUAAAAGUAGCCGCUACCUAGCCACCACACCUUUUCUUCUAGAAGAGGCCCCCAUUGUGAAAUCUCAUAGCUUUAUGUUUUCUCCUUCAAGGAGUUAUUAUGCCAACUUUGGGGUGCCUAUGAAAACAGCAGAAUAUACAAGUAUUACAGACUGUAUUGACACAAGGUGUGUCAAUGCCCCUCAAGUGAUUGCUGACAGAGCCACCUUCCCUGGAGGUCUUGGAGACAAAGUGGAGGACUUAUCUUGCUGCCAUCCUGAACGAGAAGCAGAACUGAGUCACCCUAGCUCUGACAGUGAGGAGAAUGAGGCCCGAGGCCGGAGAGCUGCCAUUGCCAUAUCCUCCCAAGAGGGUGACAACUCAGACAGAACCUUAUCCAACAACAUCACGGUUCCCAAAAUAGAGCGCGCCAACAGCUACUCGGCAGAGGAGCCAAGCGCGCCAUAUGCACACACCAGGAAGAGCUUCUCCAUCAGUGACAAGCUCGACAGGCAGCGGAACACAGCAAGCCUGCGAAACCCCUUCCAGAGAAGUAAGUCCUCCAAGCCAGAAGGCCGAGGGGACAGCCUGUCCAUGAGGAGACUAUCCAGAAUGUCGGCCUUCCACAGCUUUGAAAGCAAGCACAACUAAACCAUCUUACUGUGCAUUGCAGGAGGCUCAAUAACCCAGUCCUAAAAGUCUCCUCAAACUCCACCCCCACCCCCCCACACACUUCCUUAAAUCCUACCUACUUUAUUCUUAGCUGAGCAAAACAAGCAAUGCAUUGGGAGAUGUUAAUUCAAAGGUGACUUCUGGGCCACAGAUCAAGAAAGUAUUUGAUCUGACCCAGUGCCAAACACAGGGGAGCUAAAGCAUGUUCAUGCUUGCUGGGUAGGGAGGGGAAAGGGGGAAAAGAAGGGUUAGAGAUGAAUGUGUAUUGCCAGUCACUGCAGAAAGCCAUGAGCUCUGGGGACCAAGGGGGCUUCAAGCAUUCUCCAUGCCAGGAGGCAUCUUGUGAUUUUUGUCCAUUAUCAAGAAUUGAGAACUAAAUUGCAAAAUAAAGUAAAAUAGCCAGCAUACAAAAUGAGAUAUUCUAAACUUCAAUUCUGUUUUCUUUUCGCAUUGGCUCCAUCACUGGUGACUGAUGAAGAGCAUCCUUUUUAUUCAGUAUAAGCCGGCAGCAAGCAGUUCUACCUAACGUCCCACAUUCUUCUCAUGCCUCCACUUCUGUAAUUGGUCAUUAUAAAGAAAAAACAAGGUAACAGUCAUAGUUCACCUGUCUCUUAUCUAUUCACUUCUGGUGCCACAACUGUUUAUCUUUUUUGAAGAAAAUAAGGGAACAGAAAUGCCUUUGUGUCUUGCAAUCAAAAUGAAAGAAGAGUUGAUGUUAAAAACAAAAGUCACGUGAUUUAUUACAUAGAGUGGGCAUUCAAGUAGAGUCAAGCAAGCUCAGGAUGAAUGUGAUUAAAUAAUUUUAUAUUUUAAAGUUUAUUUUGUAUCUCACCUGUCAUCAGUGAAGUCACUCAUGAGUAUAUAAUAUUGAACUUUAAAAAAAAAGUGGGCAAAACUAACCUAAAACUGCCAUGUGGGAUAUUGCUAUAGUCUCACCAUUCAUAACGUGUUAUGAUGCUGUGUGAUCUUCAUCAUUUGCAUGACUCCACCGUGUCCUCUGAACACUUCCAAGAAGAAACUGCCAAUUUUUCACACCACUCAUCACAUGACCAUUUUGUAUACGAACACAUGGUUAUAUGUGGAUAUUUUCAUACCUAGAGUUUGCCAUCUAAUCUGAGCUCAGCAUAAAUUUAAUUGGAGUUUUUCAAGGGCUGGUAUCUUUUUUUUUUUCAUGGAAAUGUUCCAAAGUACUUUUUAGGAAGUUUCAAAACCAUAAAUAACCUUAGAAUUGACUGGGAGUUUGGUAUCAACCCAAAGCCAUCAGUGGCAGGCAUACCAUGAAUGUUUUUCUUAUAUACAGAGCUAUUUUUUAAAAAAAAAGAUACAGUAGACCACAAUAGAAAGCAAAUAAACCAUAUAAAGAGUCCUAUAGUGUAUGCUGCUUAUAUACAUAUGUAUGCAUUUACACAGAGACACGUGUUUAUAUAUAGUAUAUAAACAGACAUAAAGAGCUUUCUUAAGAGGCUUGGACUUUUCUAUCACCUGGAAGUAUUAUCAAGAUUUUUUAAUAUCCAAGGAGUUCCACUGAGAGAGUUCAUUAUGCUAUUAAACCAACUGCUGAAAUUAUGACUU